GGGCACUUCAGGUACUGCUAGUAAUUCUGUUGUAUCAACUUUAAAUAUUAAUUCCUUCUAUACGUUUGGUACUAACUCUGGAAAUGCAGUCUUUCCAUCUGCUGAGGGAGUUCUUGGGUCUGUUCCCUCUCCCACUGUCUGUCAGAUUUGUUUUUCUGUAGGUCAUUCCGCUAUGCAUUGUCCCUCUCGAUUUUCUUCUUCAUCCACACCGGCCUUACUGACUCCUAGUGGCGAUGCUAAUCAUGUUUUAUGGUACCCUGAUUCUGGGGCUUCAGCUCAUAUGACCCCGAAUGAAGAACAAAGUUUCGGGGGCGGGUCCUUCUUCAAGCAACUAGCGACGGUCAUCUAUAUCCUCUUACCUUGGCCCAGUCACCUAUUCUAGCUUUAUCGUCAGUCACUACAUCUGGUCCAGUCUGGCAUCGUAGAUUAGGACAUUGUGGCGAACAUGUUUUACGCCUUCUUAGUAAACACAAACAUAUUUGUAGUAGUUCAACUUUUUCCCAUGAUUGUAUUUCUUGCCGGUUAGGCAAAUCACAACGAUUACUGUUUAUGGAUGCUAGUCAUACUACUUCUAUGCCUCUUCAAUUAAUUCAUUCUGAUG